AGGUGUUCAGUAGCUAAUGCAAAUAAUGAGUCGGUAGCCAGCUGUGCUGCAAGUAGUUAAUGUGGUGUGAUAGGUUUACUGAGAUAACAAGCAGGGGCCAUUGUUGUGUCUGAUUAUUUGGAGUAUAUAAGAGGAAAAGUAGAAUGGUUCGAGGAGAUUUGUCAAUACGACAUCCUGCGCGCCAUUUGUGUGUAUGACUAUUGCUCUAUCCACCAGGUAUACGCACCAGGCAAGACUACGUGCGUUCCUUUGCACUUCCACUGUUUGGGGUGUCAGUGGGGAUUCUUACAAUUGGACUCCUCCUGCUCUGAGCUAUCUGUCCUGUCUGAAAUCCACAGGCCCAACCAUGGUAACAGGACGCAGAGUGCCGAUUGGCUGGUCCCACCGUGGUCGUGAAAGCACACUGCAUCGUUCUCACAUGGAGUCAGCUAUGACAUCAUAACGGAAGAAAACAGUCUGCUUCCAUAUGAUGCUGGCGCGAGGCAGAGCUCCCCGGCCCAAGUACACGAUGGUGGGGGAGACGCUACGCUACGUUAUCCCCAGUCACCUGCAGUGCUCCAUGGCCUGCGGGGGGCGCUCCUGCAAGUACGAGGACCCGUCGCGCUGGGGAGAGGACAUGCAGGCCAUCAAAGGGCUCUACUCCUCCUGGGUUACAGACGAGCUCCUGGCCAUGGCCCGGCCUUCAACAGAAAUCAUACAGAAAUACGACGUCAUUGAGCAAUUUCAAAGGUGUGGCAUAAGGACGCUGAUUAACCUGCAGCACCCGGGAGAGCACGCCAGCUGCGGUAACGAGCUGGAACAGGAGAGCGGCUUCACCUACCGGCCCGAGGCCUUUAUGGAGGCAGGCAUCUACUACUACAACUACGCGUGGAGGGACUACGGCGUGGCGUCCCUAGCGACCGUGCUGGACAUGGCGAAGGUGAUGUCGUUCGCCGUCCAGGAGGGGAAAGUCGCCGUUCACUGCCACGCCGGGCUCGGAAGGACAGGUGUUCUGCUGGCUUGUCACUUGGUCUUUACCACGAAGAUGAGCGCUGACCAGGCGAUCGCGUUCGUGCGUGAGAAGCGGCCCGGCUCCGUGCAGACCCGGGCGCAGCUGCUCUGCGUGCGCCAGUUCGCCCAGUUCCUGGUCCCGCUCCGGAGCGUGUUCCCCCGCGCGGAGCCCGAAUCGGCCGCCGUCUCGCUGUCCCAGUACCUGACGCGGCAGCGCCACCUGCUGCACGGCCCGGAGGCGCGGCGGCUGCGGCACACGCCCAAAGUGGUGGCCCUGGCGUGCCAGCUGCUGCUGGACGUGGCGCGGAACCGGCAGGUGGUGCAGCAGGACGUCCUGGACGUGGUGGAGCCCGUGGCCGAGGAGAGGCGCGGCGCGGGGGGGGUGGAGCCGGCGGCGCGGGGAGGCCGCCGCCGCCGCCGCGGGGAGGGCCUCAGCUACAGCGAGCGGGACCGCGGGCGGCCCGGCGCCACCCUCGACGCGGGGGGGGACGUGGGGGGGAGCGCGGGGGGGGACGCGGGGAAAGAGCCGAGGGCUCUGAAGAGACUGUGCUUAUCGCACGAGGACCUCAGAGACGGCGGCCGCCAGCCCGACGAUGGGCCCGCGCUCCAGCGAUGGCCCCCCGCCUCGGACUCCCCCCACAGCUCCACCAGCUCCGUCUGGGACCAGCUGCCCCCGCCCCGGCGCGUGGAGCGCCCGCGGGACCGCGCGGGCGGGACGCCGUCCCCGAGGAGGGGCGGCGAGCGGCGCGGCGGCGGGCGCGAGGACGAGGAGCGGCCCUCCGAGGUGCCCUUCAUCCUGCUGCAGACCGAGCUCAGUCUGGAGGCUCGGCGGCUGCUGGUGGCCCAGGCCCUGGCUGUGGACCUGGAGCGGGACGGGGGCGAGGAGCAGAGGCGGAGAGUGUCCUGGUGGCAGAUGGAGCUGAACUCUGGGGGGGACGUUUGGGACAGCGUGUGCGCGGAGCAGGACCCCUUCGUCCUGUCCGGCCUCAUGUGGUCCUGGCUGGAGCAGCUGAAGGAGCCCGUUCUGAGCCGACGGGACGUCCAGGCCCUAGAGGAGCAACCCAAAGACCCCAGCAGGGUUUUUAACACGCUGGACAAGGGUCCUCGCCAGACUCUGACGUGCAUCCUGCACUGCGCGGCCCAGGUGAUGGCCCCGUCGGUGGAGUCCGCCUUCCUCGAUCGAACGAUAAAGGCCUUCACCAAGAUGAAAGCGGGAGAGUCGGAAGAAGGGAGGAUUGUGUAUAAGACCAUGAGGAGGGUCCUGGCCCUGGUUCUGAAGGAGAUGAAGGCACAGAGAGAGGAAGAGGACGCAGGUGCCGUGGCUGUCUGUCCCUCACUGUAACGCUUCAGACUGGAGUCUGGACAGUGCAUCUGUCUGCGCUGCGAUGCAUUCGUCUUCGUGUUCAGUAUUUUCUUUUUGAUUGAUGUGUUCCGUGCAUAAAGAAAGUAAAAACCCACUGGCUUCAGGAAGUGCUGGCCGUCGGUACUCGGAUAAUUAAAAAUGAAAAAACUCGACACCGAUUAUGCUCCAAUAAAUCAUUUGCCAAAUAUUUACCAAUGUUUUUCGGUACACAGUGUCUUUGUCAGGGUGGCGAAGGCCCUGGGUGCCAAAAUGUCGGCAAAUAAAUGAUACGUUGGGGAUUAAA